AUGUAUAAUCAUUACGAAGAACUACAUAAAAGUUCAUCAAAAACUUAUGUUUCAUCUGGUGAAAAAAGAGUUUCAACAAAAGUCCAUGCUUCAUCUGCUGAAAAUUAUGAAACAGCAGUAGCAACAACUUAUCGAUCAGCAAUGGCUCCACGUACAAUAAGUGUCCUACAAUCACGUCCAACAGGUUUAUGUACUAGUGUUGCCAGUGCAAAGAUGCGCCAAAAUUAUUUAUCAACAGGUGCUAACGCCGGUUUUGGACAAGGUCUAGCUUCUUUAGUAAAUGCUGCUGGCGUACCAUUACGUGGUGGUGCAGCUAGUAUUAUGGGAGGUGGUGUUAGUGCAGGUGGCUAUAGUGCAGCUCGUGCUACUGCAGCUGGUUAUAGUGCAUCUGAAUAUGGUGCAUCUGAAUAUGGUGCAUCUGAAUAUGGUGCGUCUGAAUAUGGUGCAGCUGGUGUUGGUGCAGCUGGUUUUGGUGCAGCUGGUUUUGGUGCAGCUGGUUUUGGUAGAGCUGUUGUUUGUGGAGCUCCUUCAGCAGCUACUGUUGAAGUUUAUUCAAUACGAAUACGUGAAAAACGUGAUCUUGUUGCUUUAAAUGAUAAAUUUGCAACAUAUGUUGAAAAAGUACGAUUUUUGGAAGCAAAUAAUAGAAAAUUAGUCAUGGAAUUAGACUUAUUACGAAGUCGUCUCGGACAAGGUUCGUCACAUAUUAAAGACAUGUACGACUUAGAAAUGGUUGAAGCAAAUAAGCUCAUUGAAGGCUCAAAACGUGAGCAUUCUAUUGUAUAUGGAAGAGCAUUAGAAGCGGAAGAAAUAUUAAAACGUGAAAAAACACAACAUGAAAGUGUAUCAGUAUUAAGAAUAACGGAUCAAAAAGAAGUCGAUGCUCUUAAAUUAAGAAUUGCUGAAAAUGAAGCGCAAAUAGCUUUAUAUCGUCGUCGUAUGGCUGAUGUUGAAGAUGAAGUCCAAUUAUAUAGAAAAGAAAGUCAACGUUUAACAGCCGAACUAACUUGUGUUCAAAGUGAACUUCAAAAUGAAUUAUUUCUUAAAUCUUCAUGUGAAUUUGAAAGAAUGACUCUUGAAGAUCAACUAUCUAAUAUCAAACAAAUACACGAAGCCGACUUAUUUGAUGUUCGUUCUAAACUCGUUUCAAGUGAUCUUAAUCCAUCACUAUAUUUUCGUAAUGAAUUAGCUCUAGCAAUACGUGAAAUUCGUAAAGAUUAUGAAACACACGUUGAAAGUCAACGUUGUGACAUGCACAGACAGUAUACUCUAUCGGUUAAUGAAAUUGUUAUUCAAAAUCAAUCACUCUUUACAAAACCUUCAGUAUCUCAAGAAUAUCGACGAGAAUCGGAGGAAGUGCGUGUUACUUUAUUGGAAGUUCAAAAUCAAAAAAGUUAUUUAAGUGCUCAAAAUGAACAAAUUCAAUAUUCUAUUGCUGAUCUUGAACGAAAGUUGAAAGCUUUCCGCGAAUCAAAUUCUCUUAUAAUUACUAAAUAUGACUCAGAAAUAGCUGAAGCACGUGCUUAUUUAGCACGUACUGAAGAAACUUAUACUAGAGUAAUGGCAUCUAAAGUAUCACUUGAAACUGAAAUUGCAACUUAUAGAAGAUAUCUUGAAAGUACAGAUGGUCUUCGAGGAUAUGUUGAUCGAAUUGAACAAGUUGCUCAACUCAAACUUAUUGAUCGAUCUAGUAGUAGUAGUUCUUUGUAUGUUAGUGGUGGAAAAGAGUUAACAAAAGCUUCUUCAAGUAGUUAUAUUAAUGCUGGUGGUUCAAAUUAUAGUUAUGGAGCGUCAAAAGCAUCUGGUUAUCUUAGUAAUCUUGGUACUCAAGCAGCUUCUAAAACAAGUGUUACUCAAUCAUAUUCAAGCAGUACAUUAGCAGCACCAAGACGUGUUGAAGCAUCUCGUACUAGUAUAUAUCAAGAGAGCGGACGUAGUAGUGGAUUUCAAGCACAAAGUAGUAUGACACAGGAAAGUGCAAAGCGAAGCAGUUUAAUACAGAGUGGUGUAUCAUCACGUGAAAGUUUAACACGUGGUUUUGUGGCACAGAGCAACUCAAAACGUGCUAGUUUAUUACGUGAUGGUGCAUCAUCAUCACAUGAAAGUCUAUCAUAUGAAAAUAGUUUUGAAGACAAUACCCGAGAUGGUGAAUAUGAUGCAAUGGCAAAUGAUUAA